UUCAGUUCUGACCAUGAGUUCACCUUCAUACUCGUGGUCAGAAUCGGACGGAGAAGGAGAGAGGAAACAUUUUAUCUCCUCGAAGAGGAAAAGAAAUGAUGGUGAUAAUGAUUAUGAUGUUGGUUAUGAUGAUGAUGAUGAGAAGAUGAAACUUUUAAUUAAAAAAAUAUGGUUUGAUGAUGAUGAUGUUGAUGAUGAUGACGAUUUUUGGCUCAUCAAAUAAAUGAAUUUUAUAAAACUUUAGUUUUUAAUAAUUAUUUAAUUCGGGGUAGCAUAACGUGACUCCUCCUCUUUCACGUUAUGCUACAUACCUACUACUUUUAGAACUUUGUUCUGGACUUCGAGGUUUGAGUGACCAGACUAAGAAGCAAUUAAUUCUCUUGAACAUGGAACGAGUAGACUUAACAGAAAGUGAAAACACACUAGUCAGUGCAUUAUCGGGUGGAAUGAAACGUCGUAUUCAAUUGGCCUUGGCUCUUUCGAUGAAAUCAGAGAUAUUGAUUUUAGAUGAACCAACAUCAGGUAUAGAUCCAGAGUCUCGCCGACAAAUAUGGAAUCUAUUGUUGAAAUUGCGAAAAGAUUACACAAUAUUAUUGACUACUCAUCACAUGGAAGAAGCUGAUGCGUUAGGAGAUCGUAUAAUUAUCAUGAGUUCGGGUAAAAUCAAAUGUUCAGGAUCAUCGAUGUUUCUUAAGAAACAAUUUGGAGCUGGUUAUUCAAUCAGAAUCGCAAAAGAUGCUUGGGUUUAUAAACCUUCUGAACUUGGAGCUUUGAUAACGAAAUAUUUUGAGGAAGCUACAGUUACGAAUGAGACAAAUUUAGAGAUUAUUUAUCAUUUGAAUGAUAAAUCGAACCAAGAAUCAAUGACUUCACUGGCCAAUCUUUGUGAUGAUUUAGAUAAUAAUCCAACAUCGUUUGGUAUCACUUCUUAUGGAGUAUCGGUAACAACGCUCGAAGAUGUUUUCAUCAAGGUCGCUGAAGAUGAAGCUGAUAAGACAAUAAUAACAAUGGAAGACAAAUUGUUUGGAGUGGAUAAAAUUCUUGAUUAUCAACGAUUAACUGGAUCUAGCCUACUAAUUCAGCGUAUUAAAGCAUUACUCAUGAAACGAUUCCAUUACACUAGAAGACACUUUAAGACGAUUGGGUUCACUUUAAUUAUUCCCGCUUUGGUUAUGAUGUUCAUAUUUUAUACUUCUCAGAAUGCAAUUAAAUAUGUUGAAUCCAUCACAGAUUAUCCUUAUCCCAUCGAACUGAAUGCCAAACAGAUCUAUGGUUCUAAUGUAAAAUCCGUGAUUCGAGCCUCAUUUACUAGCAAAAAGAAUCAACCGUUUAUUGAUUCAUAUCGAAAAUCAAUGAAAAGUUUGGGCAUCCAAGUAGUUGACAUAAAUUCAUCAUUAACUAUUGUUGACUAUCUGUCGGCGACAUCACAAAAUGCUGAUCAAUUUAUGAAAGAUCAUGUAUUUGGUAUUAUUGAGAAUGACCCCUUAGAUCCUGCACCCUGGUCAGAGUUGGGGUUUAGUUUAUGGUACAAUCCAAAAGCCUCAUUAUCGCUGCCGUUGACUGUCGAUGCUUAUACGAAUGCUUUGCUUAGGCUUAAAAGGCCUGAACUCAAGUCUCCGAUGUUGUACACAACAUACAUGCCGAUGCCAAAUCGACAAACUUUACAGCCGAAAUAUAAAUCGAUAAUCGCUCGAAUCCUGUCAGCAAUGUUAAGCCCCGUUGCUUUUUGUCUCAUCGCUGUUUCCUUUUUCCUAUUCCCUUCAACAGAAUCUCAAAACAAGGUCAACUUAAUUCAGAAAAUGAGUGGAAUCAAAGCUCCAAUAUUCUGGUUCAGCCAUUACAUUUUCGAUCUAAGUUAUAACAUGAUGAUAUUUCUAAUCGUAUUUCUAUCAAUAAUCAUAAUCGAUCAAUUUCUUCUAAUAAGUUUUAAAACUUUCGCUUCUUUCAUGGUGCUUUUCAUGUUAUUCGGAUUGGCAUCAAUUCCAUUGUCUUAUCUAUUCUCGUUUUUACCUUUGAAUCGGGACACUGGAUUCUCAUCGCUAGCAGGUAUCUCAGUCGUUAGUACUCUUAUUGGUUCGGCAUUAGCUGCAUGUCUUGUAGGUUUUGGAGCAUUGAAACCGAUUCACUUCUUUAUCGGUAACUUAUUCCCUCCAUUUGCGAUGUCAUUUGGAUUGUCCAAAAUCUAUGGGGCGAUUGUGUUGUCCACGGAAUGUAAAAAGAUCAACGCUUGUCCAGACGGAAACAUAUGGGCUCGGGAUAUUUGCUGUGAAAAUAAUUCAACUUACAUAACAUAUGAGCCAUUUUCAUGGGAAAAUGAUGGAAUUUAUCCUGAAAUAUUAAUACUGUUAUUGGACAUUUUCUUAUACACGAUCGUUUUGAUUGUGUUGGAUAUGAACCUACAUCGACUUGGAUAUUGGUAUGAAUCGAAUCACCAAAGUUUAUCUUAUCCAAAUUCAGAAAAUGAUGUUGAAGAUAAAGAUGUAGUUCAAGAAAGAGAUCGAGUGAAAAGUUUGAUUUCUUCAAGUGGAAUUAGAAAUGAAGCUUUAAUUGUCGAUGAUUUAACUAAGGAUUUCGAAUCCUCUCGAGCUGUUGAUAGGAUUACUUUCGGAGUACAUAAAGCCGAGUGCUUUGGUUUGUUGGGUGUUAAUGGUGCAGGUAAAACAACAACAUUCCGAAUGCUAACUGGUGAUAUUAUUGUUACUUCGGGAGAAGCUUAUAUCGGAGGAUAUUCAUUGCGAAAAGAUUUACUCAAUUUCCAAAAAUCAAUAAGUUAUUGUCCACAAUCUGAUGCGCUACUUGACCACUUAACUCCAGUCGAAAGUCUAAUGUUAUUUGCACGAAUCAGGGGAAUGCCUGAAAGUAAAGUAAAGGAUAAUGUCAAUUAUUUAAUUGAAUCAACUGAUUUAACUCCAUUUGCCAACAUAUGUAAUAAGAAUCUAAGUGGCGGUAAUAAGAGGAAAUUGUCAUUGGCCAUUGCGUCGAUUGCUAAACCAGAGGUGAUUUUCUUGGAUGAACCAACCACUGGUGUCGAUCCAGCAUCGAGACGGAAAAUAUGGUCCACAUUGAUUCAUCUUCGCGAUACAAUUGGAUCAUCAAUUGUACUAACCAGUCACUCUAUGGAUGAAUGUGAAGCCUUAUGUUCACGAAUCGGUAUAAUGGCUCGAGGCAAUUUCAAGUGCCUUGGUUCAUCUCAACAUUUAAAAGAAAAGUUUGGGUUUGGAUUUACAUUGAAGAUUAAAAUGAGUCAAUGGAAUCAAUCAAAUCAAUGGAAUCAAUGGAAUCAACAAGAAAUACAAUUGGAUAAAAUUAAAAUAUGGAUGGCUCAGAAAUUCCCUUCGUCCAUUUUGAGAGACGUUAAUAAAACUAUUCUUCACUAUCAUUUAAGGGACAAUUCCUUGCGUUGGGGGCAAAUGUUGAGGUGUUUAGAUGAAGCAAAACGAUUAUUGCCCAUUGAAGAUUUUACUUUAACUGGAACAACAUUAGAACAAAUUUUCUUAUCAUUUUCUAAAUAAACUUUACGAAUUAUUAAUUAA